AGUGGUGGCGUCGCUAAAUGUCGGCUGUUUUCUCAGGCUACUAUAGCGGAUAGCUUUUUGUAAUGACAGAAAAAAAAACAUGUGUAGAUAUAGCCAAAAAUGUGUUUCAACUGCUUUCUCAAUGGUCGGCGUCCAACAACGCUUUGCGUCGGCAUUGGAGAGAGACCUUAGGCAGGACAUUAAAAGGUUGAGAUAAGACCCCGCACGAAAAUCCUGUUUAGCGAACGUAAAUGUUAGUAGUGUAGUAUAAGGUAGCGCAGCUCAUAUCUAGUUAAAUCUAAUUAAUUUUACUUUUCAGUCGCUACCAUUUUGUGUUAAGUUUCCCAAUAUUUUUCAGUGGUCUUAAAAAUACGAUAAGGUGGGACUGUGGGAUUGAGAAGUGCACGCCCAUCUCCAGGGACCAUUAUUGGCUCCCUGAUAAUUACUCCUGACAUAUGAAGAUGUAUAGAACCGUGAUAAAACCAAUCCAAACGAUCGGUGUGAGUUUCUGUGGGUUAUUUGUUUGUUUUUGCCGCUUCGGUGUACAUCUGACUGAUGUCCGCUUGCAGAUGGUUAUGACUUAUCGAGGUUAAUUCAAAGUUUCGCGGGUCGUGACAGUCAAUAGGAUGAUUCAGGCCCAGUUCAAACGUCGAACUUUUCAUGUACCGAACCUAAUCCCUUCAGUUUAGUACGUGAAGAGAUCGACGUUUGAAUCAAUUAAGUCCAACAUGUUUGGUCGACCUAAUUUGGGUCGACCCAUGAAUUAAGAUCCAGUGGCCCAGAUAGGGAAUUUCGACUGUGGAGCGACUUCGUUUCAAACGUCGAACGUCUCAUGUGCCGAACCUAAUGCAUAAAUUACUAGAAUUUAUUUUCACUGGUAAGCAUUUUAGACCACUGAACGUCGUGAAAAUGAAUUGAGUCCGACUAUAAAGUCAGUUCGACGUCUGAAUCAACUGCCGAACUUGUAGUAUUAGGGUCGACCUAAAUCGGUGUUAAGUUCGGAACAUGAAAGAUCGACGUUUAAACUAGGCCUGAGCGGUGAGAAUCUCGGUGAUAACCAAUACUCUUUGCUUGUACUUCAAGUGUUUAUUAAUAGAUAGGGAAGAAAAUAUGUCAAAUUCAUUGUGAAGGUUAGUAGUAAUAAAUAUUGAUUAACAUGA